AUGUCAGUCGAAACGUUAAUGCACUUAUCAAUAUUCAAGGGGUUGACAACCUUGCGUCAACAUACAGUUCAAUGGAACAUCACAUUUAACAGAAGUUCCAUUCGGUCCCCUGUGUUAGAUUGGUUGGACGGUGCUCUGAGAGGACAAGCAGUCAACCAGAUGGUCAAAUGUCCUCACCAGCAUAGAUGGUGGAAUUUAUUGUUUAGUUUGCACUCUCUUUAUUCGCCAAUGGGCAUCCACCCUUCGUCUGUAACGUGCCUUAGUAUGGUAGGUACCGCAAUGAGACAACUAAAGAAAUGGUGA